GAAGUUCAAAAGAAACUGGCGAAAAUUGGUUGUAAUGCGCUUCAUUUUUAUGUACUGUCACCUCUCGACUGUUUAGCAUUAGUGCAUGCACUUAAAUCUGUUGAAGGAAUUUUGGAUUUUAAUUUAGCCGCCAACAACCUUCAGUCGCUAGGAUGUAUUGAGAUUGCGAAGUUGUUACCUGGCAACCAACACAAUCAGGGUUUUUGCGAACUAAAAAGAUUAAACCUCGGGCGUAACAACAUAACUGAUGAAGGUGUUAAACAUUUAGCUACAGCACUCACACACACUAACUGCACACUAAACAGCUUAAACCUCGAGGGUAACGACAUAACUGAUGAAGCAGUUAAACAUUUAGCUACAGCACUCACACACGCUAACUGCAAACUAAACAGCUUAAACCUCGGGUAUAACAACAUAACUGAUGAAGCAGUUAAACAUUUAGCUACAGCACUCACACACACUAACUGCACACUAAACAGCUUAAACCUCAUCAAAAACAACAUAACUGAUGAAGCAGUUAAACAUUUAGCUACAGCACUCACACACACUAACUGCAAACCAAACAGCUUAGACCUC